AAAUAAUAUGUGUUAAAACAUUGCAAAUUAAACUCUAAUCAAAGUAAUAAAGAUCACAGGUGUCUCUGAAGCCUCUCCAUGUGACUGCUGGUAUGAAACUCCCACCAUUGUUUGAAGGCUACACAAAGAGCACUUCCACUUUCCAGCAUCACGUUCUGGGCCACAUACCAGCAAUACCUCUGUAGAGUGAAUGGUGACAGGCUGCAGUCAGCAGGACAGAUGAGCUCACACUUCCAGCGUUUUCAUGGCUUGUUGUGCGCUUCUGUGGCAGGUUUGUCAGUCGAGAUCAUGGUUUAUUGUGGAGUGUUCAGGAAUAUAACGUGUGGACUUUGUUGCCAGUUGAAAAGUGUGGGAGAUUUGUGAGUGUGUGAUUUUCCCAGCUGCUGUGGGUCUAACAUCACGCAGUGGAAGCUGGAAAGGUGAAGUGACUUUUACGCACAAGCUCUUCUCCAGUCUAAAGCCACCGACCGAAAUACUUGGAGGUAAUUACAGUGCGGUGGGAUGACAGAGGAAACCCUCAACGACCCCUUCCCAGAUCUAAGAGAACUGGAAAACAAAGUUGGCAGGAAAACACCAGAAAGUCUUCUGAUUUGGAUGAGGGAUGCUGCGGACUGCGAAGAUGGUUGGAGGUCUGAUGUGGUCGACAGGGAAGAACGCAGCUCUGCGCUCAGCGAAAGCUUCUCCGACAAAAUCAGCAACCUAAAGCAAGAGAUGAGGUGGCUGCGUUCUGCAGAUGUGCGGAUUCUUCGCCAGCUGGUGGCCGUGCACGAGGGGAUCGAGACCAUGCGUUGGCUGAUGGAGGAGCAGAAUACCCUAGUUAGCCAUGGCGGCAGCUUGACAGGCAGCCUGAGCAGCCUGGUGACUGUGGAGGAGCACGGGCCCUCGAUGUCCCCCUGCAGAGAGAACCUGAGUCCAACUCAGGAUUUGACUGAAACCACUGGUGAGGAACUGGCAGAUCACCCAUACCAACCACACUCCACUGAUCCCGGUGAUUCAAACCACAAGAGCUACUUUAACACGCGGAGCCCCGAGUCUACUGAAGCAAGACAGUCUUGUCCUUCCACCUUCAACUUUGAAAUCCCUCAUUCCCAAUAUGGCAGGCACGGUCAGGAAUCAGCCAGCAGUUUGGUUAGUGUCAAUUUACCAAAGACACAACCACAGAACUCGGAUGUAGCUCCAUUAAAACACAUCAAAGCCGGUGCUGACACCAUUAGAAGAGCCCUCCUCAGAUCAAAUAGGGCAAGAAGAGAAGUGGAUUCUGGUAGUUUUGCUCUCACUAAUCGGUCAGAGGAGACACAAACAGAGAACCAAACUGAGGAAGGUUUAGGAGCCUCUCAGACCAAUGUGAUGGAAAAGGAAGAGCACGCUCCCAGUAGAGAGACAUUUUUGCUGGGCUAUGAUGCUCAGUGGAGCUGGGUGGAGUCACAGGACGAUGUGACGUUUCUAUGAUGUUCUAUGAGCACAAUUUAGAUUCAUGAUCUUUAGUUUGUAGUUCAACAGCUACCUGCCAGUAAUGCAGUGAUUUAAAAUGCACUUUGACGCUGAUGGAUGAUUGAUGAAUGAUGCUUGAAGAUGAAGGUGUAAUUGUCUCUUAGUCUCAGACUCACUUUGUCUGUGCUUUUGUUUAAGAUGGACACUUGGAUGUGCACUUCUUUUCAUUUAGCUGUGUAUCUUAGGAAUCCCAAAAGAUUCAUUUUUUUAUAAAAAAUGCAAGAUAUCACAAAUAUGAAAAGAUAUGUAGAAAUAUUAUGUCCUUGUCUGAUAAAUGUUUUACACAAUGGGGACUUGAAUUUUAGAGAUUUUUUUUUAAUCAGUGGGCUUUCUUUCUUUUUUUCAUUUGAUUGCUCUCAAUUUCAUUUGACUGUCUUGUUUAGUUUAUAAGACAAGAAUGGCAGUCAAUAAUUUUUUGUGCUUAUUUCUUGUAUAUUGUCUGUCUCUGAAGUCUUUCACAAUUGUGCAUAUAAUGCAAUAGUGAACCUGUGAGGGUUUUAAAGAUGCUGCCAUUGUUCUGCUUAAAUUGUCAUGCAAUGAUGAGCCUAAAUACCUGUUAGUAAUAAACAACACUGCAAUAGA